AUGAUAUCAUUUUAUCCAACCCAGGCAAAGGCCCUCGUAACCCUCGUUCGCGAAAGGCCCUUAUUCGUGUUAACUAUGAAAAAUGGUGAAAAUCGGUUCAACACCAACUUCAUUAACGCUCUAUUCUCCGCACUAGAUGAUAUCGAGCGAAUCCGCGAAGAAGAAGACGGUGAACCGGCAGCUUUGGUAACGAUGGGUGAGGGAAAAUUUUUUAGCAAUGGGCUGGACUUGGAGCACGCGUUGAGCACGCCAGGAUUCUUUGAUGAAUACUACUUGAAACUUUUAACUAGAAUGUUGACGUUUCCGAUUCCUACGGUGGCAGCGUUGAAUGGGCAUGCCUUCGCUGGCGGAUGUAUGUUCGCGUUGGCGCAUGAUUAUCGGGUUAUGCGGAGCGACAGGGGAUAUAUUUGCAUGAAUGAGGUAGACCUGCCGUCGCCUCUGCAUCCAGGAAUGGCGGCCAUAGUAAGGAUAAAGAUGUUACCUAAAACCUAUAGAGAUUGUGUGUUACAAGGUCAUAGAUUUAACGCUCAGGAAGCAUUGGAUCAACAGUUGGUGGAUGAGAUUGUUGAGGGCGAGAAAGAGGUUCUGGUCAAAGCUAAGGAGCUAGGAUUAAAAUGGUCGGGGAAAGCCAAAGCUGGAGCAAUUUACGGAAUGUUAAAAAGAGAAAUGUACGCAGAGGGAAUUAGGUAUCUGGAUGUUAAAGGAUGGCAAGCUAAAUUAUAA